UCGAAGCCGUGAGCGUGUGUGAGAGACAGUCUUUCCUCUCCUCUUUGUCCCUCCUACCAAGACUGGCUCCGGUGCGCUGCCGUCUAUCUGCAUGUACCCCUCUGCAAGCGGGAUGAACCACAACAACCUUCACCUCACUUCCACGUCCAUUUAACCCCCCAGUCCCCGCUCCGGCCGGCCGCGAUCUAUGCUGCCCUGACACACCGCACCCGGCUCUCCCUUGUCCGCGGACGUUCUCAGCGCUCGGUGUCCCCAGCAGCAGCAUGCCGGACACGGCAGCGACAGCGGCGCCCACCGCUGCAUCCUCCAGCAGCGGUGCCGAGAGCAGCGAGGGCUCCCGGCACCGACACCGACCGCAAGGAGAAGCGGAGAAGACGGAGCCCACCGCUACCCUGCAGCAAACCUCGUCCGGGGUCCUGGACAAACUGUUUGGAAAGCGGCUUCUGCAGGCUGGACGGCACAUCAUGUCUCACAAGUCUUGGAUGAAGACAGUCCCGACAGAAAACUGUGACGUCCUCAUGACUUUUCCAGACUCCACAGAUGACCAUACGUUACUAUGGUUACUGAAUCACAUCCGGUUGGGUAUUCCAGAACUUAUCAUCCAGAUACGACAUCACAAACAAACACGAGUCUACGCCUUCUUUGUGACUGCAACGUACGAGAACUUGUUGCGCGGCGCGGAGGAAAUGGGCUUACGCAAAGCUGUGAAACCAGAGUUUGGCGGUGGCACUCGCAGCUUCUCCUGUGAGGAGGACUACAUCUAUGAGAACAUCGAGAGUGAACUGUGCUUCUUCACAUCGCAGGAGCGUCAGAGCAUCAUUAAGUAUUGGCUGGACAAUUUGAGAGCCAAGCAGGGAGAGACGCUUCAUAACAUCAACUUCCUUGAGGGACAGCCAAUCAUUCCUGAGCUGAAGGCCAGGGGAGUAAUUCAGCAGGUCUUCCCUCUCCAUGAACAGAGGAUCCUCAGUCAACUGAUGAAGUCCUGGGUUCAGGCUGUGUGUGAGAAACAGCCCCUUGAUGACAUCUGUGACUACUUUGGCGUGAAGAUCGCGAUGUACUUCGCAUGGCUGGGCUUCUACACCACCUCCAUGCUGUAUCCUGCUGUAAUCGGCUUUGUGCUGUGGAUGCUCACUGAGUCUGACCAGACAAGCCGGGACAUCUGCUGUGUGGUGUUUGCCCUCUUCAACGUAGUCUGGGCCACCUUAUUCCUGGAGAGGUGGAAACGCAGGGGGGCUGAGCUGGCCUACAAGUGGGGGACACUAGAUACCCCUGCAGAGUCGCUAGAAGAGCCCCGACCACAGUUUAGGGGCGUGAAGCGCUGCAGCCCAGUCACGGGCUGUGAAGAGUUCUACUACCCUCCAUGGAAGAGGAGGGUGUUCCGCUGGCUUGUCAGCCUGCCCAUCUGCAUUCUAUGCCUUUCUUUUGUCUUCCUGGCCAUGCUCAUCUGCUUCGAGCUGCAGGAGUUUGUGAUGGGGAUCAAAGAGCUGCCCCGCGUGGCCCGCUUCAUCCCCAAGAUCAUGCUGGCCAUCACUGUGACUGCUUGCGACGAAGUGUACAGGAAGAUCGCCUGCUGGCUCAACGACAUGGAAAACUACAGACUCCAGAGUGCCUAUGAGAAAAAUCUCAUCAUUAAAAUGGUUCUUUUUCAGUUUGUAAAUUCUUAUCUUAGCCUUUUUUACAUCGGAUUCUACCUCAAAGACAUGGAGCGUCUUAAAGAGAUGCUAGCUACUCUGCUCAUCAUCCGUCAGUUCCUACAGAACGUGAAGGAGGUUCUUCAGCCUUACCUAUAUGAGCGCCACAAGCUGGGUGACCUGACGUUUAGGGCCGUAUGGAACCUCCUCCUGUCUGCGCUACUGAAGUAUGGACGCCUGGCUGCAGGAAAAGCCCAGGUGUCUCCCACAGAACAAGCCAUGCCAGGCCCAGGCCUGAGAGGAACACGGCCUGGAGUCGGGCAGCCAGAACGCAGAGAGAAGAAGUGUCUUAAUGGUGGCUGUGGUGUACCAGAGGAGGAGGAGCAGGAGGACAGCGGGAAGCACAGUGAGGAGGAGAAUGAGGAGGAGAGCCUCAUCGACUGUGGGCUCAAGCUGAGGAAAGUUAGCUUUAUUGAGAAGGUGGAACGUAAGCCUGGGGCUGUGCUCACUCAAACAGAGGACAACUUCUUGGAAGAAGGGAGCCCUACCAUGGUGGAGAAAGGCAUGGACCCCUCCUCCAUAUUCGAAAUGUGUGAUGACGAUGAAGACAACGGGAUUCUUGAGCCAAAGGACAUCUCUGGAGAGACUUUGGCUGCGCCACUCCCAGCCAGCCCGGAGAGCACCAUUUCCUUACGCCACCGGAGGAGGGGCCGCAGUCUAGAGAGGGAGGACAGCAAGACAAAGAGGGAUUCCUGGAUAGACCCCCCUGAAGACAAUGAACCCAUUACACUCACUCAGGCUGAAAUUGAGAGCUGCAUGCAGAAAUAUGAGGACACCUUCCAGGACUACCAGGAGAUGUUCAUCCAGUUUGGUUACGUGGUGCUCUUUUCCUCUGCCUUCCCGCUAGCCGCCAUGUGUGCCCUCAUCAACAACAUUAUCGAGAUCCGCAGCGACGCCUUCAAGCUCUGCACUGGCCUUCAGAGACCCUUUGGCCAAAGGGUACAGAGCAUUGGGCAGUGGCAGACGGUUAUGGAGGCCAUGGGCUUGAUAGCCAUCAUUGUCAACUGCUACCUGAUUGGCCAGUGUGGCCAGCUGCAGCGUCUCUUCCCUUGGCUCAGCCCUGAAAUGGCCAUCAUCUCUAUAGUCAUUCUAGAGCACUUUGCCAUCCUCCUGAAAUACAUCAUCCAUGUGGCAAUCCCAGACAUCCCCAGCUGGGUUGCAGAUGAGAUGGCAAAACUUGAGUACCAACGCAGGGAAGCCUUCAAGAAGCACGAGCGCCAGGCCCAGCAGCACUACCAGCAACAGCAGCGGAGGAAGCGGGAGGAGGAGGAGCGCCAGAGGCAGGCGGAGUAUCAGGCCCGGCGGGAACGCGAACGCGAUGAGGGGAAGCCAGAUUCUGGGGGAGGAGGGGACCAUCACCACGACAAGAGUCACGGGGGCAAGGUGCGCUCCGCAGGGGGUGGAGGGGCCAGCAGCGCCAUUGGGGACAAACCCAAGAGACCAAGCUCACUGCUUGCCAACAACAAUGUGAUGAAACUCAAGCAGAUCAUACCGCUGCAGAGCAAGUUUUCCUCUGGAACAGCACGGUCCCCACAGUCACCCACUGGGAGUGAGCCCAAACUCCCAGGAUUCCUCAGCUUCAAGUUUCUCAAGUCACCUGAGAACAAAAAGGAGGCAGCAGCAGCCGCAGCGGCUGCCUCCACUGCGGCUGCUGCCAGCCAGGAAAAGUCCCAGUCUCCCAGCAAAUCUUUCAACCCUGGGAAACUCUUUAACUUUGGCAAAUCUGAAGGGGGCAUCUGUUUAAAUGGUGCUCAGCAGACCAAGUCUGGAGACACCUUGCAAGCCCCAGACAAGCAGCCCACCAGGUCAGACCUGAAUGGAGUGCCUGAUGAAAUACCCUCCCCUGGAGGUGAAGGGGGAGAAAACGGACACUCGAUCGACUCUGAGCCUCCUGGCCCCAAGAUCUAAUUUUUCUCAUCGCAACCAGGAACUCUCAACACAAAAUAAGGCUACGACCAAGAAAGCGUAACAAGCCUCAUGUACAUCUUUUUCAAAGCAAUGUUGAUGAGGCCUGGAAGCUGUUAAAAACUUGAAGACCUGGUUUGUGACCGAACACAAACUGGCACACCAGAGAGAAUUAGACUCAUUUCCUAUCCCACCUCACAAUCCCCUUUCUGCAAUACAUACAGGAAUGCAUGAGCUGCGUUUCUUAUCCUUUUCUAGCCUUUUCCAAAAAGGGAACUCGCAGUAUCUUUUGAUUUACUCUAUAGUCUGAAAAUUGUAAGUGUUUCUCAGUGGCCUGCCACUGAUAUUCACGUGUUUAUUGGAAAGAAAUCUGUUUUGAACAGCUCAGACGUUGUCAAAAUGAUACACAGAACUUUCUGAAUCACCUCAAAUGACCGUCAGAUAUUUCUACCAUGGUAUUAAAUCUCCAUAAAUACAAACUGUGAA